AAAAUGACCUUAGUCCAAUUCAUUGCCGAUCAAAACACCGGUGCCUCCUCCUCCUCCAUGGCUUCGUACGAACUUCGAUUUGGAGCUCACAGCAAUACCAAAUUCUAACACGCCUUUCGAUUCUUCCCCCAAUUCUCUCAGCUAUUCACGAAACCAAUAACAAGCGCCAUUGUAAGAUUCGAUGUACAUUGUCCAAUUGUUUCCCUUGUAAUAUAGAUUUGCCCUUUAUGUGCUAUUGUCAGUAUAGUGCUACAUCUCUGUCAUGCACGAAGCUGUGUUCUGUGUAUUUGGCUCAAGAGAUGUGUGGGAAUUAGUGCAAUGGCAACAUCCACCAAGUUUGAUAUAUCUUCUAGCAGCCCAGAUAGACCAUUGUACAUUGGGCAACGUGGAUCCCACAUAGCUACUUCAUUAGAUAGAUCAAGUAGCUUUCGCGAAAGCAUGGAAAAUCCAAUUCUGUCUUCUCUUCCUAGCAUGUCAAGAAGUAGUUCUUCAGCAACACAAGGGGAUGUGGUGAGCUUCUUCAAUUGUGUGCGUUUUAAUCUAAAGUUGGUGGCUCCAGAGCACAAGUCUAAUCGUCAAACAGAUUAUAAACGACUUGUCAGUGCUGCUUUUGGAAUUUCAUCUGAUGAAUCUCCAUCUAGUUCUGCCAAAGGCAAGCAGCUGCCAUCCCCAGUACCAGAAGAUAUCAAACGACUUAGGGAUAGUUUACACGUAAAUUUCAGGCGGGCAAGGGAUCGAGCUAAAAUGUUCAGUGAAGCCUUGUCUAGAUUCAACAAAGAUUUCCAAAAUAUAACUUCAAAGAAGAGGUCUCGAGCUGAAACCUUUUCUAAUGAACGUUCUAGUUUCACGUUAAGUGAUCGAUCUGUGUUGGGAACAAGCAUAGGUAAGGUUGGAGUUCAAGGUCAUGCAGUCACUGGUGGUUUUGAACAUGACCAGCCGAAGUUGGAAGAAAGAACAAAAAAUGUUCCAAACAAGCGAACUAGAACUUCUUUGGUCGAUGUAAGGAUGGAUGUGCAGAAUAAUUCUCUUGUCAGGCCAUCUGGGACUAUAGAUAGAGAUAAAGAAAUUUUACGGAUUGCCAAUAGUGCUGUGAUUCAGGGUGAGGAACGACCUUUACCAAUCGGAGGUGAUGGGUGGGAAAAGUCAAAAAUGAAGAAGAAGCGUUCAGGCAUCAAACCAGACGGGUCUCAAAAUACAGCAUUGACAAAACCUGUUAACCUUUUCCAGGAAAGUAAACACAGAAUGCAACAUAGAGUAGCCACUGAUGGUCGAUCAAAAUUGAGUAAUGAUUCUCAUUCUUUCAGGUUGGGGGUUUCUAAUGGAACUGUUGGAGCUGGAAAAUCAGAUGGUGUCACUCAACAAACAGGGUUGGGCAUACGCGUCUCUACCCCAAGAAGUGACCCAGAAAAUAAUUCUGCUGUCAAUGAUAGACGAGAUCGUCCUGUUAAUUCAGACAAGGAAAGGGUGAAUUACAGAGCUGUUAACAAGGCAACUGUUCGCGAUGAAUUUAAUUCAGCAAGCCCUAAUUCAAGUGCAAAAUUGAAUACACCUAUUCGGGCGCCACGAUCAGGCUCAGGAGUUGCCCCAAAGUUGUCACCAAGUGUCCAUAGAGCAGCUGUUCCCAAUGAUUGGGAGCCAUCACAUUGUACAUCCAAGCCCCCUGCCAAUGUCGGUACUAACAACCGUAAGCGUAUGACAUCAACAGGAUCAUCUUCCCCAUCUGUUGGCCAUUGGCAAAGGCCCCAAAAGAGCUCCCGCACUGCCAGAAGAACAAAUUUUGUGCCCAUUGCAUCAAGUAAUGAUGAUUCCCCUGCUUUGGAUUCUGCAUCUGAUGUGACUGGUAAUGAUCUUGGAUCAGGAUUUGUCAGACGUUUGGCUGGCAAUUCUCCUCAGCAAAUUAAAUUGAAAGGUGAUUCUUCAACUUCAGCUGCCUUAUCGGAAAGUGAAGAGUCAGGGGUGGCUGAGAUUAAACCAAAAGAGAAGAGAAGGAAAGCAGAGGAGAUAGAUCAGAAAGCUGGACAAAAUGUUCAGAAGGUUUCUAGCUUGGUCCUUCCAACUAGAAAAAAUAAGCUUGUCUCCGGGGAAGAAUAUGGAGAUGGUGUUCGGAGGCAAGGUAGGACAGGACGCAAUUUUCCCACUUCAAGGUCGCUGAUGCCAAUGGCAUCUGAGAAGCUUGGAAAUAUAGGGACUGUAAAGCAACUUAGAAGUUCAAGACUAGGACUUGAGAAGAGUGAAAGCAGGGCAGGUCGUCCACCAACCAGGAAACUUUCCGAUCGUAAGGCAUAUGCACGUCAAAAACAUACAGCAAUUAGUGCAUCAGCAGAUUUUCUUGUUGGGUCAGAAGAUGGACAUGAAGAAUUAUUGGCUGCUGUAAAGGGUGUUAUCAACUCUGCUCGUGCAUUUUCCAGCCAAUUCUGGAGGCAGGUGGAGCGUUUCUUUUGUUUGAUAAGUGAGGAGGAUAUGGCUUACUGGAAACAAAAGAUAGAUGUGGAAUCAAGUGGAUUGACUUCAACUCCAGUUCCUACACAUAGAGAUGACUGUGAAGCUGUUGCUAAUGUUGGGUUAACUGUCUGUGAAAGAGAUUUUGAACCUGGUGAUCCUAAAGGAGAUUCUAAUGGAAUUCCCCUCUGUCAAAGGCUAAUAUCUGCUUUAAUUUCAGAGGAGUGUAGCAGUGAAGAUAUCAAGUUUGAUUCAUGUGAUACUGAAUCUGAGGCAGAUGGAGAGUUGGAUUUGUGCAGUCUGGAUCACCACUCUCGAUUUAAUUCUCAUCUUGCUUGUCAUUCUACUUACAACGGUUAUAGGAUAACUAGGAAGUCGGGACAUGAUGAGACUGAAAGUGAUGUAGUUGAUAUCUCAUCAACUGGGUUUAAUUCAAGCCAGAACAUGCCUACCUUGAUCUGUUCAGAGUUGCAAUAUGCCACCUUGGGUAUGAAUGAAAAGCUUAUCUUGGAGCUUCAAAGUAUUGGAAUUUUCCCAGAAUCAGUGCCUGAAAUCUUGCAAACAGAUGAUGAAGGAAUUUGUCAGGAUAUCACUAGGUUAGAGGAGCAUUACCAAGGACAGAUGUCCAAGAGGAAAUGCUUGCUAGAUGGAUUAUUGAAAUCUGCUUCAGUGACAAAAGAACAUAAAGAAAAGGACUUUGAACAACGUGCUCUUGACAAACUUGUCGUGAUGGCUUAUGAGAAAUACAUGGCUUGUUGGGGUCCCGGCUCAUCCGGUGGGAAAAAUUCAAGCAACAAAAUUGCCAAGCAAGCUGCAUUGGGACUUGUUAAACGAACAUUGGAUCGAUGCCAUCAAUUUGAAGAUACAGGCAAGAGCUGCUUCAAUGAGCCUUUGUAUAAGGAUAUGCUCCUUGCUGCUUCUGCCCAGCUAAGUAUUGUUCAGCAUUUAGAUGGCAUGGAGGCUGAGUCCACAAAACCUUAUACUUCUUCCUUUUCUCUGGAAGCAAGAACUGGUUCCAUGGGUUCACAGCAGAACCCUUCACAAUUUAGUCAGAAUAUAAAUAAUCAUGAUCUCUAUUCAUCAGAUAUUUCUGCUGCUAUAAAUGGUUCAUCUGAACAAACUAGUGGGAAGGAAGAUCUAUGGUCAAACAGGGUGAAGAAAAGGGAAUUGUCCCUUGAUGAUGUUGUUGGUACUAUUGGUAGUUCAGGUGCUCCAUCAGGCACUGGAAGUUCUCUAUCAAAUAGUACUAAAGGGAAGAGGAGUGAAAGAGAUAGAGAUGGAAAAGGGCAGAGCAGAGAAGUGCUUCCCAGAAACGGAACUACCAAAGUUGGUAGGCCAGCAUUAUCUAGUGCUAAGGGAGAAAGGAAACCCAAAACAAAGCCUAAGCAGAAAGCAACUAAGCAUUCUGUUUCUGUAAAUGGUCUCCUUGGCAAGCUAUCAGAGCAACCUAAAACAGCUUUGUCUUCUGUUUCAAAGUCUAAUGAAAUGUCUGCUAACAGCACUGCCAAGGAGAAAGAUGAGUGUGGCAUGAGUGAAUUUGAUGAGCAUGAACCUAUCGAUUUGUCCAACCUCCAACUUCCUGGAAUGGAUGUGCUUGGUGUUCCCGAUGAUCUCGAUGACCAAGGUCAGGAUCUUGGUUCAUGGUUGAAUAUUGAUGACGAUGGAUUGCAAGAUAAUGACUUUAUGGGACUUGAAAUUCCCAUGGAUGACCUUUCAGACUUGAAUAUGAUGGUUUAAAACUGCUUUCUUUGUAUAGUAAUGUUCAUUAUACCAGUGACAAAGGAAACAAAGUACCUUUAAGAAAAGACUAGUUACAUAGGAUGGUUUUAUGGCUAAUCCUGUCCUCAAUUAGGUUAUAUAUAUAUAUAUUCUUUGGUAGACUUCCUUCUCCAAGUUGUUUUUAAUGACCUAUCCAACUGUUUUGGAUUUUGCUCAUGUUGAAGUUCGUGACUUCCAUUGUAAAGAUAUUUUUGUUCUAGGUACAAGUAAGUAUUCCUAGUGAUUAUAUGUUAGCAAACACCGUAUCCUGGUUGUAGCUCUUACAAAACAGAGAAAAGGGUUCUGUACAUACAUUUAAUAUUUCUAAUAAAAUCAGCUUCCAUUUACUGAAA